UGUUACUCUUUAAUAAAAUAGUCAAUACAACAUUCAUAUAGAUUCACAUUGUCACAUCAGGCCCUGUCAGAGACAAAUUAGAUUAAUGAAUAGAAGUGUAACUCUUAGUGUCCCAGCAGUAGAUGUGUGCUCAGGGACCUCCCCAUCAUUUGUUACGCCCCUGCUCUGCGUCCUUAGCAACCAGCCCGACAGAGGUGAUGAUCUUUUGUUUUCAGCCGCUGCACGUUUUCUUGUGACAUUCAUCACCGACAUAAACCGACAUAAACCGACAUAAACCGGGCCCCGUUUCCUGCGUCUCAUCGUUAAAUCACUUCCGCUGCUGCCGCUGCGCCGCACCGCGUCAUCGGUCAUCGGUCAUCGGUAAUGGCGGACAAGGAGAAGCGCCGGUCCGGGACCACUCCUACUCCUCCGGGGAUGCCCGAGAGCAAAGCCACCAAGUCGGACAGCGACAGGGAGUUUCUGUCGCAGGUCGGGGUGGGUGAGCUUCUCCGCGGCGCUAUCCUGAAGAUGAUCGAGGCCAGAUCGGACGAUCCCAUCGGGUUCCUGGCGGAUCACUUCUGUCACCUCGCCUCCGUGACGGAGACCGGCACAGCUGGAUGCAGCGACGGGGAUCAGCUGAACAACGGCCCGCUGAGCGCAGGGGCGCAGGAGCAGCAGCACCUCAACCGGGCGCUGUGGCACCUGCGGCUGGCGCAUCACUCCCAGAGAUCUGCCUUCAGCAACAACGUCCGUGUGGCCUACGACCUUUUGAACCUUACCGGGCCCCGUCGACGUCAAGGUGAGGUUUCUGAAGGCCCCGAUGGCUCCUGCAUCGACACCCCGACAGGAGGAGGAGGAGUGAGAGGGGGCCUGUACACACAGACUCUGCAGUGCCUGUGCAGUGAGGGUGGAGUCCCUGCCUCCACCUCUGCCCCUCUCCUACAACGCCUCCAUUGCCAAGACCACGAGGCCGUCCCCCAUGAUGUCUUCCGCCACGGCGUGCUCACGUGUGCGGUUUUCUCGGACUACAUCCGGCAGGCUCAGAGGCUUUACGCUGAAGUGUGCUGCCCGGACGAGGGGCCUGCCUCGCGGGCACUGUGCCUGGCUGUACUGGGGACCUUGAAGGAAGCCUUGGAGACAUCUCAAGGCUGUGAUGCAAACUGCUGUGCUAAUGCUAAUAAUCCUAAAGCUAAUUCUUGUCUGGAGGCUAGUGCAAAGGGUAUACGCUACCUGGAGGCCAGUGCCAAGAUCUCUCCAUAUAAGCUAGCUCAGGCCAUAGCUGGAGCACAGACACGGGGCCCGGGCGGUGAUAUGGAUGCAAAGGAGUUUGAGAACGCAGCAGCAGAGCUCUUUAUCACUCGGGUCAAAGUUGUGUCCUAGGUCUCUUGUAUGUCUCAUAAUUUAGAGCGUGUACCUUCUCUAACCUCUAACCUACUGUUGCCUAAAGCUACUAAACACCUAAAACACAGACACACACUUUUUUUGGAAGAUUAACAUAUUGCUUGAUGUCUGUCAUCUGCAGCGAGCAGCCACUGUGCAUUAUGAAGGACAAUCAGUUCCCUUCAUGGACUAAAUGUAUUCCUUGAGAUCUGUGUUGACCUUGUCUGUUUCCAUUAUUGUUUAGUCUUUGCCAUGAAAUGCACACAGAUUAGAAAGUAACAUCUAAUGCACCCCAAACAACAACAGUCCUGUAAUGAACACUCCUUUCUUUGACAUAAAGAUACAAGAUAAAAAGUUCUGUUUAAGUGUUUACGUGAUUUCCCUAAACCCAAACAGGUUAAGCAUAUUUUAAACUGACCUUUCACGUGUUAUUCUUCCACUGAACCUGAAUUAAUUGUUCACUGUGGUUGGAUUCAAGGAUAAAAAUCAGUUACAGAUAUAAAUGAAGUGUAGGCAGUAUGAAUCUUUAAUAUAAGGGUGAGAACUUAUUGCAUUUUUGUUGGAUGAG